AUGGCGCGCCAAUUCAGACCUCGGACACUCCUCCGGCUCAUCCCUUCCCAUUAUCGCUUUCUCUCGUCAAAGACAUCAGACCCAUUGCGAAUCCUCUUUUGCGGCUCCGAUGACUUUAGCUGCGCGUCGCUUUCCGCGCUGGAUGGGGAGAUGAGGAAGGGGAACGGGCUGAUUGAGUCGAUUGAUGUGGUGGUGAGGCCGCCGAAAGGGACGGGGAGGGGGUAUAAGAAGAUCCGAGAGGUUCCCUUGAAGCUGGAUGCGGAUAAGUUGGGUCUGAAGAUUUAUGAGAGGGACACUCUCAAGGGAUUCGAGCCCCCGAGCGGGAUAAACAUCAUCAUCGCUGUGUCUUUCGGUCUGUUUGUGCCGCCUGAGAUGUUGCGAUCGGCCAAGUACGGGGGUCUUAACCUCCAUCCUUCAUUCCUUCCUGACCUCCGUGGUGCCGCACCCCUCCACCACUCCCUCCUCCAACAACGCUCCCACAUAGGAAUAACCCUCCAAACCCUCGACGAGCACAAAUUCGACCACGGGGUCAUCCUUGCCCAAACCCCCCGCCCGGGAAUCCCCAUCCCACCGCAAUGCACCGUCCCAGAACUAACGAACCUCGUCAAACAACCCGCGGCGGAACUACUCCUCUCGGGCCUACGCCAAGGUCUACACGUGCCUCCCCUCGUCGACGUAGUCCGCGGCAAGAAAACGACACCCUCCGAAGACGAGGUGGCAGGGACAGACAAGGCAUGGCGGUACGCACCGAAGAUUUCAAAGGAGGAUGCUCGGAUCGAUUGGGAGGGGUGGACGGCUGAGGAGGCGGAGAGGAGGUUGAGAGUUUUAGGACAGCUUUGGAUGGAGGUUUUGGGGGGCAGGGGGAAGGAUGGGGUUGAGAGGGUGAUUUUGAGGGAUGCAGUUGCUGUGGCGGAGAGCGAGGGGAGAGGAGGAGGAGAGGAGAAGGAGAUUGCGGUGGUGUGGAGGCCCAAGAGUAAGGGGUUGGAGAAGGGAGAGGAGAGGACAGUAGUAGUGAAGUAUGCCGAGUUGGGGGGCGGCGCGGUGCUUUUUAGGUUUCCGAGGGGCGGAUGCUUGAGGGUGGAGAGGAUUGUGGUUGGGGGGAUGGCGGGUGCGAGGGCGACGAAGGCGUUGGCGCCUUUUGUGGUGGGUGAAGGACGGGCGUGA